AUGUCGAGCCUCUGUAACUCUCGCCGGAAGACCGACGUCAUUGGCGAGUGCAUUGACAAGCUCCACGAGAAGCGCCGCGCGGUGCGCGAGGAGGGCAUGGAGGCGCUAGUCGCCGCGUUGGAGCGUUUCGUCCCGGUCGACGAGCUCAACUACCGCUACUUCACCGUCUUCGACCGCUGCUGCGCCUCCCUUCGUAAGGGCAGCAGCAGGGAGGCCACGCUCGCCUACCGCGCCAUCGGCCUCCUCGCGCUUACCGUAGGCGCCGCCACCGCCCACGGCGUCGAUUGCUCCAAGGACAUCCUCGAGAAAGUGCUCCCCGUCCUUGAGGAGACGCUGCACGCGCCGUCGUCCGGCGCGGCGACCAUGGUAGCUGCUCUCGACUGCCUCGCUGCCGUAACGCUCGCCGGCGCGCGCCGCCCGGAGGACAUGGCGCCGUCCAUGAAGGCCGUCUGGGGCGCGAUCAGGCGUGCCGAAGACGAGACGACAUCCAGCCCUGAGAUCCUGACUGCCGCUGUUUGCGCGCUCGCGCUGCUCCUCACCACCGUCGGUGACUUGAGGUCGUACCCCUGCACCUUCAAAGAGGCCAUGAUCCCGUUCCACGACCUCGCCGAGCUCCUCGAGUGCGAACACCCCGCCGUACGGGUUGCCGCUGGCGAGGCGCUGGCCGUGUGCGUCGAGAUCAACCUGACGCAGCACGCCUCACCGGAAGACAUCCAAGUGAUCGAGAUGAUACUGUCCGACCUCGCGGCUGAUGCGAGCGGCGACCAAAUCCUCACGGAAGAACAGGUUGAGUUCUUCCAGCAGAUCGCCGACAUCAUGAGUCAAGGCGAAGGCGAUUGCCCGGAGACGGAGGAGUCGAUGCCAUUGUCGUACACGAGCGGGCACAGCGUGCUGAGGGUCUCUACAUGGGCGAGGCUGGUUCAGCUGAAUUUCCUGAAGCGAUUCCUCAACAAGGGUUUCCCUAAGCACCUCCAAGACAACCCACUCUUCUGGGAACAGGUGGACUCCAGCGACGCCGUAGACGAGGCCGAUGAACAGCCGGCCGAGAAGGGCAGGCGGCGCGGGGGUGGGAGGGACAAACGGUGGAGCUCGGCCAUGAGGAGGGAUCGCGACAUCGGAUGGGAGAGCAAGAACGGUUUCUCCCUGUAUGAUUAGCCAUUUAAUUUGUUCAGUUUAGUUACUUUGCGGUUCUGGUUUUGGGAUUACCUCACAUCUAAGUCUAGAGCUGUUCGAUUAGCCAUUUAAGCCCCUGCCACUUCCACUGUACCGCUGUUGCUGCUUCGUGCAUGCGAGCACGAGGAAGAAUUUUGGCUAGAGCAUGAUAUGGGUUAAUUUA